ACGGGUGCAAUUAACCCCUUGGUCCAGCAAUGCGGUCCCUCUAACGUCGUCUGUGUAAAUCAUUACGCAGCAGUCAUACCCUACCACUUCUUCCGCCCUGAUUCCUUCAACGGCACUUCCAUCUCCUUUUCCGCCACUUCUGUUCCUAACGAUACUUCCUUUGGUCUUCUCAACACUUCUAACUUUGUUGUCUAUGAUCGAACCCAAGGACUAGCUAUCCUCGGCGACUCUCCUAGCUAUGAAAAAGUGUUCAAUGUCAGUGAGGCUGUCCAUGAAGCCCCCGUCUAUGUUCCUGGCUUGAAUAAACUGUUUUUGAGUCAAUUGGCUCCUCCUGCGGGCUUCUUGCCGCAGUUGGUGGUGGAUCUAAACAAUGAGCCUCCGACACUGAGUGAGUUUUUGAGUGAUCCGCCGGUGUAUGCCCCUAAUGGAGGCACUUUCCAUGGAGGCUUGAUAUACUGGGAGCAGAGAGCAGGCAUCAGAACAUUGGAUCCCUACACCAAUAAAACAACAACACUGCUGAAUAACUACUUUGGCUCGUACUUCAACACCGUAGACGACCUCUUCGUUGACUCCAAAGGCGAUGUCUGGUUUACUGAUCCUGGUACUGCCUUCCUCUACUCCCCACCACUUCGAUUAAAAGUACUGACGAUGAUACGUAUAGAUUACUCAUGGUUCAACGCCCUAACCGACACACCNCCUCAACUCCGCUCCCAAAGCUACCGUUUCCGUCCUUCCACAGGCCAAGUCUGGGUUAUAGACGACACGCUCGGCCAACCCAACGGCAUCGCAAUCUCUCCAGACGGAAAAAACAUCUACAUCAGUGACACUGCCUCAGUAAACGGUGUGAUUUCUUCCGCUUACCCUGAUAUCCACGGCUCAGCUUGGAACCAGACCUCCGCACACACAAUUUACAAGUACGAUGUAUUGGAUGCAGACACCGCUCCUUCUCUAAUCAACAAACGCCCGUUCUACUAUUCGCAAGAGUGGGUGCCUGAUGGGUUGAAAGUGGCUGCUAAUGGAUUUGUGGUUACUGGAGCUGGUAAAGGUGUUGAUGUCUUGGACUGUACCGGAAGUUUGGUACUCAGAAUACAGACGGAUUACGUGGUGCAGAAUUUUGCUUGGGUGGGUGAGAAUCUGACAGAGUUUUGGUUGAUGGGUCAAGGAGGUAUUUCGAGGGUUAGGUGGAAUUUGAAGGGCCAGGAUUUGACGAAGUAG